GAUCUUCCUCAGCAUCGUCGCCGUCCUCGACCUCAACCUGAUGCAGCUCGACAUGAAGAAUGCCUUCCUGCAGAGCAAGCUCGACAGGGUGCUGUACAUGAACCAGCCGGACUACUUCAACGACGGGACCGGCCGGGUGUGCAAGCUGCUGAAGAGCCUGUACGGGCUGAAGCAGUCGCCGCUGUUGUGGUACAAGGCGCUCGACGACGUGCUGAGGGGCGCCGGCUGGAAGAAGAGCCAGGUCGACCAGGCGCUGAGCUUCAAGGUCGGCAAGGAUGGUAUGGCCUGCUGGGUGCUGGUCUACGUGGACGACCUGCUGGCCGCCAGCAGCAGCAUGGCCAUGUUGAAGGAGCUGAAGGAGCUGCUGGAGGCCGCCUUUUCGAGCUGCGUGAGAUCUCGCCCGUGGAGAAGUACCUCGGCCUGGAGAUCGUGCGCGACAGGCUGGCGAGGAAUUUGUGGCUGCACCAGCAGGGCUACGCCGAUAAGCUGCGCAGGCGGUUCAUCGAUGAGGAGCAGACAGGGCGCACCCCGAAGACGCCGGUCUCGGUCGACGCCUACGCCGAGCUGACGUUCGAUGACGAGGAGGCACAAGAGCGCCAGGAAGAGGAAUACCGGCAGAAGGUCGACUCGCUGUAG